AUGGGAGAGUGGGAUAUCUACUGUGCGAUUUGCGGGGCUCCUUUUUCCAGCCGGGUGGAUAUCGACCCGAAAGGAACCGAGCAAAAUCACUACCGCUACGAGAUCCUCAAAAACUCCAGCAUGAAAUGGCUCGAUGAAGUCCGUGCCCUGGGGAUCAAUGCGGACUCACCCGCAACCGAUAGGAACGACGAGGAGGCACCGCAUGUCUUCCCUUUCCAUUUCAUCUGCUACGAGGAUAUCCUUCUGCGAUGCGUUUGGAAAGUGUCCCGGCAGCUCCAACGCCAAGUGCUCUUCAAUGCGUUCGAAGCUCUGCAUGAUUGGGGCUAUGUCAGGCUGAAUGUGGACUACGGAGCGCCAAAUCCGCCAGAAGGACAAUACUGGGAAGCCAACAAGGGCGAAGAGGUCCUGGUGGUGAAUCCGGUCAAGAUACCCGAGUUGGAUGCUCACCUCGGCCGGAUCACAAAGUAUCGCGGAAUGAGUAAGAAGACGGCGGCGAAGACAGGCCCUCAGCAACAGGAAAUUUUCAGUCGAUUGCCAAUUGAGCUUCGUCAUGAGCUCUUUAGAGCCCUGCCAGUUGGUUCGAUCCUUUCUCUGAAGGCUGCUUCUGCAGUGAUGCAUGCGACCCCCUUGCCUGCCAGAGUCUGGAGGCGGAAGUUAGCAUGCGAGGUGCCGUGGCUGUGGGAACUUGCGGACUGUGACGUUUUCCAAUCUCAGGAGGUGGAAUAUCGGGCUUCAGAGCUGUUGCUCAACAUUGAUCGUAGAAGUCGAUACACGGCUGAGAAUGACGACUAUGACUUUGGGUUGGCUAACCGACGGAGGAUCUGGGGUGUUUGCGAGCAGAUCCGAAGUAAAUACUUGGAAUUGCUCGAAGGCGUGUCCGUGCUGGAAGGGUGA